AUGAACGAUAGAAGAAAAUUGUACAGUCAAGUUGAAAGACGAACAAUUCCAAAUUGUGAACAAUUGCCGAAGAGUAAUUGCAAAGAGAAAAGGGACGAUGAUAAAAUUACUGUAGAAGGAUGCAGUAAAUUUAAAUCAACAAUUUUUAAUAGUGACCAUAUGGAAGCGUAUUAUGCAAAUUGUGGCGAUGAAUUAAGCGGUAUCGAAUAUGAGGAGGUUAUAUUGGAAAAAUCAAAAAGUUGUCCACGUUUGGGCUUAAAAUUAUAUUACAAUACUGCAAACGAGAAUGAUACUGAUGUAUUCAUUGGCGAGGUUGAAUGUGGAAGUGUUGCAGAUCGUGAUGGACGUCUCAGGCCCGGUGAUCAAAUAUUACAAGUAAACGGUGAAACAAUUUAUAGUCGUGCCAGUGCUGUAAAACAAUUUCGUAACAGCGGUAAUGAAAUAUCUUUAUUACUUGCCCGCUCCAUUCAGAAUGAAGAAUUUGAUUUGUUAUUGGAACCAACAGGUGAUGGUUGUAAUGAUAAUGAAAAAGAUGCACCCAACGAUGUUAAUUCCAGUAAUUCUACCCUUGAAAAGGAUUCUGGAUUAUCACGAAUGACUGAUUCGGAUGCCGAAUUGUUACCUGCACCAAUAUCAAGCAGUUUAAAUCAAUCAAUGGACUCAUUGAAUGAUUUACCAGAAGUAACUGAUUGUAGUUUGAGAAGAUGCGCAAGUGAUUGUUCAUUAGAACGAGAAUUAGCAUCGUUACAUCGAGAAAUGGAAACUAUACGCAUGGAAUGUGAUAGGCUUAUUUUAAAACAUAGUGAUAGUGGACGUAGUUUUGCUAAGAUGUUACAUGUAGCGGACAAUGAUGCCAAUGUUUAUCAAUUAAACGAUGAUGUAAAACGACGAUUGGAUGAUACAUCAAGUGCUUACAAUACUGGUGAAUCAUGUCGCAGUACACCAUUGAAACCGGAUGCUGUUGCACAAACUAAAAAAAGCAGUAAUAGCAUGCAAUCGCGUAAAUGUACAACAUUAGGUGAAUCAGUUAGUGAUACAGUUCGAUGUAUAGCAUCACAGAAGCCAUCUACUUCACAAAUUUCACAAGUUAAAUUUAGGUUACCGCAAUAUUCGGUUAUUUUAAGAGAAAAUGGAAAAAAAGGACAUGUUACAACAAAAGCAAAUGAGGAAGCACAACAAAUCCGAACGAAUGACAGAAGAAGACCAAUGGCAACACAAAUGGUUAAUGAAACUUAUAGGCCACAAAGAGCUGGCAUAACAAUGUAUACGAUGCCACAAAAAUUAGCGGAAACAAUAGCUCUGCAACAGCGAUUAUUACGUGAAGCAAUGGUUGAACAAGCGCAUAUGUUACGAACAUCAGCUAAAAGUGGCGCAAUAAAUGCUAUAACUAAUAAUCAAAAUAAUGAUGAAAGACGAGAUGGAGAAACAGGAAGAAUGGAUGGAUCAUCAACAAUGAAACAAUUUCAGGAUAAUAAAAUUUCGGGACCAUGCGAAUGGAAGGUUGAAAUUUGUUCGUUUCAUUUUCAGGAAUGCUAAUUAGUAACUAAAUUA